CUAUUUCAUGAUAUUCUGUCACUGUCCUGGAAAGUGGACCAAAGAGGUUCCCACUCAAAUCAAAUUGAGGUUCCUACCCCAGGGUCCUGUUCCCAAAUCCGGUCCAUGCAACUGUCCUAACGGCUCAACGCUCCUUAAGAAUAAACUCCCGAAGGAUGAGUAUGAGGAGCUGGUGCAACGCAGAGCCAAGGAGCUCCAACAAUUCAAAAUCAGGACCACGUCUGUAUUAUCCACACCGCUGUUUGCUUUGCCCAACUCUCCCCUGCAGUACCCUAUCCAGGGUGUUCAUGUACAGCCUCUGAUCUCCACUCCUGUACCAGGUUUAGCACUACAUGCAGGACAAAGGAGCAGCUACAAGGUCUACUUGGAAGUGUCCAAAGGGGUCCUGACCACAGAGAUUGCUGAUGGAGGAAUGGUGCAAGGUGAUGGGAAGACCAAGAUGAUUAUGGAGUCUAGCAGCCUGGUGACCCUCAACUACCUGCUGGCUAAAGUAUUCUACACCAGCACGAUCUACCACAUACACACUGGAGACCUCGUAUCCUUCCAGUUUGAGGAGCAUAAGGCCGUGUUUCCCAUCACCAUCAAACAGCCUCUCCUUCCAGUCCUAUACAACAUGGGAAAAAAUGUGAGCUCCCACGUCACCGUCAUCACCAAGACGUUCCUGCGCUAUCCACGACUCAAGGUGUUGCUGAGUAGCAUCCAGAGUUUCUAUAGCGACAUAGGAGUCAUCAUCGCUGAUGACAGCUUUGAACCGGAGCACAUUACUGGAGAACACAUCAGACAGUACAUCAUGCCGCCAGCACAGGGCUGGUUUGCUGGCAGGAACCUGGUGGUCUCCCAGGUAACCACCAAGUACUUCCUGUGGGUGGACGAUGACUUUGAGUUCACAGAGGGGACGAAGAUAGAGAAGCUGGUGGAGGUGAUGGAGGCACACCCCGAACUGGAUGUGGUGGGUGGGAUCGUAAAAGGGAACCAGUUUUAUUUCUCUCUCCUCUAUGAGGAAGGAGAGGAACUGGAUGGCGGCUGCCUCUACAGAAAGUCUAAAGGGAGGUUCCACUCACUUUCUGGUUACCCACAAUGUUUUCUGGCCAGCGGGGUGGUCAACUUCUUCCUGGCUCGAACGCGUGCUGUACAGCAGGUGGGAUUUGAUCCUAAGCUCCAGAGGGUGGCACAUUCGGAGUUCUUUAUGGACGGCCUGGGCUCCUUGAUGGUUGCAUCGUGCAGCCACGUGUCCAUCGGCCAUCAGCCCAAAAGGGACAAGGGUACAUACGCCAGAUUCAGACACCCUCCAGCAAGGGACACAACGUUUAAACUGCAACGUCACUUCUUCAAAAACCACCUAAAGUGUGUCAAGUAUGAAUAAAGGACCACAUUGCGAUGCCCCAAACGCGCCGCCUGGGAAAAUAUCGCGUCUAUCGCAGCCACACGUGUCUGUACGUUGACUUUUCAUGGGAUUUGGUCGCGUGAAAAAAUAGUUUUGCUUUUGGUGUGAACGCACCUUGAGGAGUGAGAGU